ACGGAUCUCACUACUCUAGCAUGGGAAUCGUUCUUCAUUACAUGCUUAGGCUCGAGCCAUUUACAUCUCUGUAUCUAAAUUUUCAGGGUGGCAAGUUUGACCAUGCAGAUCGUUUGUUCCAAAGCAUUGAGAGCGCUUACAUAAAUAGCUUAUCAAAUACAAGAUGGGGAACCUAUAGGCGAUGUUGCUCUCCCUCCAUGGGCAAAGGCUUAGCAUUGCAAAGAACAACUUCUGCGUACAGUUAUGUAGCCCAGCUUCAUAACUUGAAGGAUGAUAACUCAAGUGACGAGUUUGACAAAGAUUCUAUUGAGAGUGAUGAUAGAUCUCUUGAAGAGCUAAGCUGGGAGACACUGGAACUUCUUGUGGUACCUCAUAUAUUCAGGUAAGCAAAAUUUUAUUAU